CUCAACCAACCAAGGCAAUUUGUUCAGGUUAACAUAGUAGCCAAGUCAUGCUGCUUUUGUCGUUUCAUGUCUAGCAUCGCCUUCUUUCUCUGGGCAGUCAGUUGGUUCAUUUUACUGAUGCACCCCGUGUAAGCUUAGCGCACAGCCACCGGUCACAAUAUAUCACCAUCUCGGUGCAGACAAUCAAUUCCUCCUCAUUUUACUCUAUCCUCCUUGUUGUGGCCAUUCCUUGCUCAUUUUUCAUAUAGCAGUGUUAGUCGUGAAGACAUUGCAGUGCCCAGAUAACAAUCAUGCCAGUCAGCUACUGCAAACUGGAAGAUGAAGAGGGUGAUUCUGCGGAUAGUAGGCUCUCACCGUCCGAUACCUUGCUGGUUGAGGAAAGGUCACAGCAACCACCCGUGCUCCGUGCUUACCUGAUCUCCCUACUCCCAUGGGCUUUUCAUAGCCUUGCCUUUCUCAUCUACACCACGUUCUUUCUCUUAACAGUGCCUGAGUGUGCAAAGACAUUCCCUACGGAGUUAGUUUCCGCUGAACCAUGGAUUCAUUAUGAAAAUGUGGUGUUUCAAGCAAGCGGUUUACAUUCCAAGAACAUACGUGUCAAUGAAUAUGAAGGCCCCCCAUCUGAGGAGAUUGAUUCCAACUGGAAUGCUCUUUGGGAUGUUGGAAUUUAUGCAGUCCCAGCUGAAGAGACGAAGAGACUAGGAAUACAAAGCGCAGUUGAUCCCCGCGACCCUGGGAAGCAUUUGGUGACUAUCGCGUUGUUCCAUCAAUUGCAUUGUAUGAACCGUCUUCGGCAAGUUGUUUGGGGAGAAUCAAACCCAGCAAGCGAGGCACCAGGAGUGGCUAUGAAGCAUACAGAUCACUGCAUCGACUAUAUCAGACAAGCGCUGAUGUGCCACGCGGAUUUAACUCCAAUCCCGAUUUACUGGACGGAAUUCGAUGCCUUUGGCUCCCCGACACGAUAUGAUACAGACUGGGAAGUGCGGCAUACCUGUCGGAAUUUCAACAGGCUGUAUGACUGGGCUCUUGAAGGCAACAAGACUGGAUGGCACAUUUGACAAGGCAAAGAACCAUGUUCUCGAAGGGGUGGGGAGUCAAAGUGAAAUGCAAAGGUGCCUGCGAUAAGUCCCAUACCAGCGCUAUGUGCUCAUAUAAGCGUACCGUAUUGUUUGCAUUGAUAGUGUAGUGGAAGGCACAA